AUGGAUCCUCCAUCAUAUGAAACAAUUUUUUAUCAACCAAACUCAAUACCUCCAUCGUAUGUAUCAUACGGUCAACAAUUGAUUUGCACUAAUGGUCAUAUAGGAUCAGAUUCACAAGACCAAAUUCGCAAUAUGCCGUUUACACAAAGAAACGAUCUACUUGUGCCUGUUGAACACUCAUUAACAACGGCUUCAACCUCAACAAAUAUCACUACAAAACUUCAAGCAUUUUAUAUUUUCUCUAGUAUUACUUAUUUACUAUGGGGUGGAAUGGCUAUCGGUCUCGAAAUUUCAAUUCUUGUUUAUUCUAGUUCAGUAUACUAUCGAGGUGUAUUUACAGGUGGAAUUAUGAUGGGUGCGGCAUUGCAUAUGUUAUUUGCUGCAUGUCGAGUUUCUUAUUCCAUUAAUUAUAUGAUACGAUUAUUGAUUUUUGUCUUAAUAUCUUGCAUAGUUGGAGUUUCCUUAUCUAUUGUUGACUUGAGUGUUUCGAAGAAAUGUAUCAAUCCUAUCAGCAAUGCUAUGUGUGAUGAACAUAUUGGACCAAGUGUGUUUCUCACUGGUGAUUGCCCAUCAUCAUUUAAUAUUCAGACAAAUGCAACAGAUAUAUCUUUUCAAACAUCGUCAACUCUUCUUAUUAUUCUAUCGAAAUCUUCAUUUAAAUUAACUAUAAUUGAUCAAACAACAAGAAAUGUUUUGCUUCAAAGUAGUAGAAAUAUUUUUGCUGGUGUUUGGGGCGGUGCUUAUGAAAAUCUAUAUUCUGGUUACAUGUUUCGUGUUGGCUAUGCGAAAGAUUAUCGAGCCAUAGGAGUAUUAAAAUCUUAUGCAUGUUCAUCAUCUUCGAAAUCAAUCAUAUUUUCUUUUGAUGAAUUCUAUCCAGCAUUUAUGCAACAGGAAAAAAAUGAUCGUAAUAUUCAUUUACAAAUUGAAUAUACUGGUCGCAAGAAACAUUUUAAUACACAAUCUUCACAUUAUUUUUUUUCCAUUUUUAACAUUAUCAUUUAA